AUGGUGGUGUUGAGGUGUGCGUGAAAUAGGGGAAAUCCCCGCGUUGUGUUUUCGAGUAUUCCAAUAUGUCGUCCAGAACAGUGCUGCCAACACUGGAUGUGCGAGUGUAAAAGCUUAAGUUUAAGUUGGAUUUGUGCAAUUCAAUCUGCAAGGUGAGAGGUGAGGUUGUAAGUCGGAGAUUAAACUUUGAACCGUGAGAUUUUUUUGCAUGAGUUUCGAGUGUUGAGUGAGGUGUGAAGUGAUUGAAUUGGAUUGGAUAGGUGCGCGCAACCAGACGAUCCGGAUGUACCCCAAUGGUGGAUGUCGUCAAGAACAGCUGUUCCAGUUUUGUCAUCAUCAUGGGAUUAUGUUUCGCGCACCAACGAUGGUUACGAGAUAUGUAACAUUGUUAUAAGUUGAAAUAUUUGCUGCGCAUUAAAAGUAUUGUGGUCGCAUUAAACAAAUCCAUACAAACACACACAUAUACACACCAUGGAGGACGCAAAGAUCAUCAAAGCCAUCGAACACUACCAGAAAAACGUCGAGCGAUACUUGGCCAAGUGCGAAAAUGCAAAGAUAUUGCACUGCAUUCAGAGGCUGUGCAGUCUUCCCAUUGACGUGGACCAUCUGCAGAAGACGGGCGUCGGACGAACCGUCAAUGGUCUGCGGAAACUUGGUGGUGAAACGGGAGAAGCGGCCAAGUCUUUGGUGACGAAAUGGAAGGACAUGGUGGCUCAGGACGGCGAUGAGAAUGAAGCGCAAGAGAAACAAAAUUCUAGUCAUAGCAGUGAGGAUUACAGUGAGAAUGAUUCGCAGUCGAGUAGAUGUGAACAGGAUGAAGAUGACAGUCGGAGGCAUGAAAAGGAGAAGAGUAGGAAGCACGAUAAGAAGAGACAUGAAGAUAAAACACGGGAUGACGGUAAGAGACGUAAGGAUGAUAAGGAGGAAAGCAAAAGAAGGGAACUGGAGGAGCUGAAGAGGAGAGAGGAAAAAGAGGAGUCGAGGAGGCGAGAGGAGAAGGAAGAGAUGAAGAGGAAGGAGGAGAAGGAGCAGAGGCGAAAAGAAGAGAAAGAUGAGAAAAGGAGGAGGGACGAGAAGGAGGAGAGUCGAAGGAAAACGGAAGAUUCGUCGAAGAACGCAAGUAAACGGAAACGGGACGACGAUAUGAAUGGACAUGGCAAACAGAAAAAGUCUUCGGACGAGUCGAAAACGUCAAAGUCUUCGUCAUCUUCAUCAUCGAGUAAACACAAAAAGUCUUCGGAGGAAUCAAAUCAUAAAUCAAAAGAUGAGAAGAAACGUAAAUCAAGUUCGAGCGAGAAAAAGGAGAAGGAGAGCAGCAGCAGCAACACCACCUCGUCUGGGAAUAGCAGCGGUGUAAAGAAGAAGAAAGUUGCGGUGGACGAUGGGAUUGAUUGUGAGUCGGGAACGAGUUUCGAAGAUGCAUUGAUGAUGCACAGUCCCAGCGUCAAGGUGAGUAGCGGCAGUAGCAGCAGCAGCAGGAAAUCAUCCUCAUACGUAGCAACAAAAUCGUCGAUCGUCGUACAGAAAAGUACGAGCAGAAUUGGAUUGGAAUCGGCGGCGCCGUCGAUCGCGUUUCCCAUUGCACCGUUGCCAGAGAAAUUAGAAACACAGGACAUCAGUAUCGCAACGAUGCUGCCCUCCAUAACGACGAACUACAAACCGAUGGGAAAUACUUUCCGCGAAUUGGAUCUCAACAGUAAGGCGAAGAAGGUGCAAGAUGAUGAGGCGCUCUCUCGCCUCAUGUACGCGAAGAAUCAACGGACGAAAGUGUACUCUGGAAACAAGGUCGCUUUCAGCAAGAUGCCGACCCUCUUCGAACUGUGCACCAGAGUUCUGCAGGACAAUAUCGAAGCACUCGAGUACACUGGGGGCGUCCCGUACGCCAUACUAAAACCUGUCCUGGAUAAGGCGACACCCGAACAGCUGUACAACCUGGAGUACCACAACCCAUACAUAGUCGACGACUCGGACGAGCUGUGGAGUUUCCACUGCCAGAAAGAGUUUCGGACGAAGAAGAGACUGGAGAUGGAGACCUGCAGGGAAAUGUACAUGAGAUGUCUGAACGAGCGCGAGACGAAACUGAAGGCACUCACCGCAAACAUCAAGUUAUCGCAGGACAAAUCCGUGCCGGUCAGACAGACGAAGUUGGCGUACGUCGAUUCGGUGGUGAAGCCGCCGAGAAACGUUGCCAAGAAACAGGCCAAAAACGGCGUGGACAACAACAAGAAACCGAUGAUCACGCCGUCCAGCCGUUUGAACGCGAUCGCUACCGCGGGUGCAGCUGGACAGGUUUCAGUUCCUAAUCACGUCACCGAAAGGAGUUCCUCAUCUGCGAGCAGCAGUUAUUCGAAACCGCAGAAGAAGGCACCUCUGAUGGCGAAAACGUUGCAGCUGAUGAAGGGACGGUUUCGGCGAUAAAAGAAACGCCCACAUCCCCGCCUUAGAAGAGAAGACAACAAAACAGACGUUGUCGCCGCCGCUGCUGCUACCCAUUACCUUCUACCACCACCAAUCACCCAAACCCCAUCAAAGUGCGACGUUAAAUAAGAAACUAACAAACAAACAAACAAAGAACUUGAAAUUGCAUUCGAAUGCAACGGUCUGUGAUUUCUUUAUAUAGAAAAACAAAAAACAAACACACCCUUAAAAACCAACCAAUCAACCUGACAAAAGGAAAUGACGGCGUAUUUCCAUUCUCGGUUUAAUAUAACUUUAUACAUACAUAUUUUUACCUAUUAUUUUUCAAGAAGAUGGAAUUAUUACCGGGGGGGGGUAAAGUUUUUUCUUUUUUCUCUUUUCUUUAUAAUAAGUUUAGCGAUUAAUAUUAUUAUUAUUAUCAUCUUGUUCGUCGCGCGUUUUAUCGAAGCAAACAAAAGACAUCCGCAUCCAUAAAUUCGAGAACAUCCUAGAUUAUUAAUUACAAUUUGUUUUCGUUUCUCGUAAACUCCUCCUCCACCAUACAAACACCCGCCCACCCUUUUUUUUAAACAUUGUUUUUAUUUCUAUUCUCCUUUCUUUCUCUCUUCCUAUUUUGUUUAUUUUUUUUUU